AUGCCUGCCGUGGAGAUCAUCAGCCUACCUGUCCUGGGGAAAAUGCUUGGAGUAAAUGAGCAGCCAGAGAUGGUAGAUUUUUGCAUACGGCAGGACACAACAGUGAAGGUGCUGAGAGAAAAGCUCAAGGAAUAUGGCCUCCAGUCUACUGGAAAGAAGGUCGACCUCAUCGAACGACUGCGUGAGUAUGCGACUGACGACAGUAGCUGGAGACUCCUCUUCCAACCCGCACAAAAGGGCACGAGAGGAAGCUACACCGGUAAACGAAUGGCGAAAUUGUCAGCGCAGCGCAUCACGUCGCAGUUUGGGGAGCACGAGCUGACUUUAGUGCAGCACAAGAGCAAGCGGGGUGGCAUCAGCCGCAUGGUGCACAGUCUCACACCCGCUGACAUCAACAGCAAUGAUGCUUGGGCAACUGAAGUCCUGCAAAACGUCGAAGCCUGGCAGAGCAAGCCUACUACCACACGACAAGUCACUGCGCUGCCCACUCCUUCACCACCAACAGAAUCACCGUGCUCGACUCAGCCCAACUUGAGGAACCCACAAAUCUCACUUCCUGAUGAGGCUGAACUGACUGCUGAGGAUGGUCGAAGCCUGAGUUUGCGCUUCAGACGCUUGGAACGUACCGUCGCAGGCCUGGAGGACACACUCAUAGAGCGCGCAUAUGACCUCGAGAUUGGGAUCAGCAAGAGGGUCACUCGCAACAGCGUGCCUCAGCACCCACUUUGGCCUCUUCAGCCCACAGACCAGCCUGCAGCACCAAGGCUGUCCAGCAUUGUACCGACUGUGACUCACCCAGCAGUGUCUGCAUUGUCGAUGCAGGCCGUCACCAACCCAGUCCACGUACCUGCGCAAACCAUCCCACCAAGAAAUCUCGCCGUCGUCCAGCUCGAAGAUGGAGAGCUGGCAUUUGACAAGACCGCUGUCAUGCGCCCACCGGCAGUGCGGUUCUCGACUGAUGUCAGUGCUCUGUUCAGAGAGUGGCACUGCUUGACGUACCUGGUCGUGAAUGGGCGCGGAAUCCCCGUCAAGUACUGGGGGGAGGUGUACAAGAAAUGCGCGGGAGAGAACAGCAAGGCGUGGGCGCUGCGAAAAGUUCAAUGGGGGCAAUGGAAGUUCAUCGUCGAGGAGCGGUCACGUUUCGCGUCAGACGACGCAUUCUGGGCAGCCUGGAGUGACGCCAGUGGACAGCGUGCUGGAUACACCCAGAUCUGCGACACUCUGCAACGUCAGCGUGUGCAACAAGAUGCACAGGACGCCGCAGCGGCUCGCACAUUCUUUGGCGGCAGCCUCGACCACUCGGAUGCCAAAGGGGCCUUCGCAUACCUGAAGUCUGGUGUGGCAAGGCUGAUGAGCAAGGAUGUCGACGUUGCUCGCAAGUGGAGGGACUUACUUUCUGCAGACAGCGCUCUCGCCCAGCGCUGGGAGGAGACGCGCAGCCCUCGCUAG